AGACACGCCUUUGCACAGUCUAAUACCUCACCAUCGCUGCCUUGACACCCAACUUCCUAGAGAUUUGGCAACCUGAUCCUCUCCGAGUCAUCGUACACAUAUUAAUCGAGAUGGCCACUCCAGCUCAAUGCUACUACUGUUUCGAGACCCUGGCUGCCUCUUAUAAGCGCAGUGAACCCAUCAGCCUUGCGUCUGCCGAAGAGCUUUGGGAACGCCAUGAACAGUAUAAAAAGCUCGCCGCGUUGGACGAGGAGGGCGAUCCUCAAUUUGUAGAAGACGACGAAAUAACCGGAGGACCCGCUGGGAACAACAGUCGCUCUCAGAAAAUCAAAGUCCCCGGGGUCAGCCGACUCCAGUCUGGCUCAAGCUCGUCUACAACACCCUCUAUCACCUCCGCCAACUCAUCGCAGUCGAUCCUAUCGAGCUCCACCACGGUCACAACACCCAGCUCCCUGUCAGCACAGUCUGACACGGCAAGCCGCAAGCCGAGAGAAGAGAAAUACCCCCUGUUCGUUACAUGGAACACGGUCUCGAAGCACGGCCACAAAUCACUCCGCGGAUGCAUUGGCACCUUUGAGGCGCAAGAACUGGCUGAGGGCCUAAAGUCCUACGCUCUCACAUCCGCAUUUGAUGAUACUCGGUUCUCCCCGAUCCCCGAGUCUCUUCUCCCCUCUCUCUCAUGCUCAUUGACCCUCCUCGGGUCCUUCGAGCCAUGUACCAACGCCAUGGACUGGAUCCUCGGAGUGCAUGGUCUCCGCAUCUCCUUCAUCCACCGCGGGAGACGUUACGGAGCCACCUAUCUCCCCGACGUCGCCGUAGAGCAGGGCUGGACCAAAGAAGAGACCGUCAUUAGCCUGAUGCACAAAGCAGGCUGGGACGGGCCGAGCGAGAGCAUGGCGAGACGGUUCCUGCGAGGCAGCAACAGUACCAGCCAGUCUACCACCAAGCCAUGGGAGCAAGUCUCCGACUUUCGGGCUGUCAAAUACCAGGGCCUCAAAGCCAGCAGCAGUUACGAGGACUGGCAAGCAUGGCGCCAGUGGGUUCUCUCGUUGGAUGACGGGAGCGAACAGCUCCUGAGUUGAUUCGCCAUCGACGAAACUAAUUGAACGAGCUACUUCAUGAUAUGAUGGCGUCAAUGAGAUGGAUGAUGGCGUUUGCUUCUCUUUUUUCUUUUCUUCUCGGUUGGCUAUUACAUACACGGGACACAUCUACUACAUAUAUCGAUUUAACAUACAUGAUCUAUGUAGGUCUCAUCACUCCUCUAAUGAACAUUAUCUAGCCAUCCGGCCUACAUACCACCUCUGGAAUUCAUCUUACCUCCCAAAAUA